AUGAAACUCUUAGUAGCUGAAACCAGUAUGGAGGGAAAAUAUGAUAAAGGAAGAACAAUUUUACAUCAUGCUGUACAACUUGGUGAUGGAAAGUUUCUUGAUCUACUUAUAAACAUUAGUGCAAGUGUGAACGAUACAGACAAGAGCGGGAAAUCUGCUUUAUAUUACGCGGUAGAGGAGGGUUACACCGUUGCUGCCAUAAAGCUCUUAGAAGCUGGAGCCAAUGUAGAAGGGAAAGAUGAUAAAGGACAAACAGUUUUACAUCAUGCUGUACAACAUGGUGAUGGAAAGUUUCUUGAUCUACUUAUAAAAAAUAGUGCAAGUGUGAACGAUACAGACAAUAAAGGGAAAUCCGCUCUAUAUUACGCGGUAGAGCGGGGCAACAUGUCUGCCGCCAUAAAGCUUCUUGAAGCUGGAGCCAGUAUAAAAGGGAGAGAUGAUGAAGGCCGAACAGUUUUACACCAUGCUGCACAACGUGAUGAUGAAAAGCUUCUUUAUCGGCUACUAAAGAAUAACACAAGUGUAAACGAGGGUGACAACAACGGUAGAUCUCCUUUACAUUACGCGGUAGAGCGCGGAAACAUGGUUGCUGCCAUCAAGCUAGAUGAGGCUGGAGCCAGCGUAGAAGGGAAAGAUGAUGAUGCACGGACAGUUUUACAUCUUGCUGGACAAUGCGGUAGGGAAGAACUGCUUGAACUACUAUUAAAGAAUAAUGCAAGUUUGAACGAGCUUGACCGCCAAGGUAAAACUGCCUUGUAUUAUGCUUUAGAGUAUGCUUUAGAAACAGGUGACCCAACUUUUGCUGUUAAGCUCUCCGAAGCAGGAGCGAAAGCACCGCUGGUGAAAUACGGGCUAGGCAUGACAUUACUACACUAUGCAAUACAAGAGAAUAAACUGAACAAUCUCGAUAUUCUGAUCAAAUGCAAAGUGUAUUUAAAUGAUUAUGAUGAUAAAGGAAAAACGGCUUUGCACUGCGCAGUGGACUCUGGUAAUAUUGAUGCAGUCAAAAAGCUGCUUGAAGCAGGAGUUGACGUUAACGUUGAAACUGCUAAGGAGAAAUUUACACCUUUACACCUCGCUGCAAUGCGACGUCAUGACGAAAUUAUUGAAUUACUACUUGACCAUAAAGCAAAUCCUGGCGUUGAAGAUUAUAUUGGACAAACUGCGCUGAAAUGCGCUCGAAAUUCCCAUCGCCAUGCUAACAUUAUUAAGAAGAUGGAAGAAGCCAUUGCUAACCUCUCAUUAGAAUUAAAAUAG